UAUCAUCACAGAAAAUGGAUCCUAUCUCGUGUCCGGCAGCAUGGCUUUGCUUACCCAGCAACGAGAAUAGGGUUACCGACAUGAAGAAUUCCCGGAUUGUAGCACAGACAGCAGUGAGAGAGUAAGACAUUCCCUUUCCGUUCAGACGUCGAGAUGUGUAACCGAUUGGGCCACAUCGAUGGGCAGCUUUCAAAGCCUUCAGCCAACCCCUUGACCAGAUCUCUAGCGCACCCCUGUCGCUUACCAGCACCCCCUGCCUGCCGCCCCUGGAGCCGCGCGCCACCAAGAGACAGCAGCGCAACAUCGGCCGGGCAUUUUCAAUGUGGAGACGACUGUUUUCGUGAACUUUGGCCCUGACCUCACCCCUCGCCAAACGUCACAUCGCCAGAGGAGCAAAGGGUCCUAGCGCCCACGAAGCCCUCACUGGCUGCCAUGUUGGGCCGUUCUGCCCGUUCCCAACGACACAGGGUGUGAACGCAGUUGCUAGGGGAUGCUGGUCUGGCUGGCCCACGGCCUUGUCUGGGCCAGACUCUCCACCAUGAAGUGACAUGAGUUCUCCUUUGCAUGGGGGUCAUGGACCCGAUGUUAUGCCCUCAUGUUGGUAUAAACAGAGUCCUGCCCUCGCCUCCGUUCCCGCUCUUCUCUUUCUCGGUCAGUAGUGUUCAAACGUUUUGUGGUGUGGCAUUUCCUUUACCUUACUCUAACGAACAACCGACGGCAAAGUCAUUCGCUUCUUUGCCUCAAGCUUCUUUUCUUUUCCAACCAUUAUUGGAUUUCCUUGUCGACACAAUCGUUCAGACGACAUCAACAUUUUAAGCCAGCAUUGUAUCUGAAGGCGCAAGGUUCGCCUGAUAUUCUACCGGCAUUCAUUCAGCCCACCGCCAUAAACUAUACCCGGUCUAUCGUUCUACUGUCUAUAUUGACACGCAGCUCGUCACCAUGAAGAGCUAUAUCCCCCUUAUCGCCCUCGCGGCCGGCGUAGAGGCCACUUUCAAGAAGGCUCCUGCUUUCACCUGCCCCGAGAACAUCGACAACAAGUGUACCCCCAAGCAGCAAUCCGGCUUCGACUGGGCUGAUCUCAUUCCUGGUCCGUUCGCCAACUACGGAGACUUCACCUUCAAGGGCUUCGAGUGCGGCAGUGACGGAAACAAGGGUCGUUUCGACUCUCGCCCCGGCAGCGGCAAGUUCAUUGGUGGUACUUGCCACCCUGAGAAGAACAAGUCUCCAUCUUUCGGCUGCGGUCCCGUUGUCGACAAGUUCUCCCUCGGCACCAUUGUCGGCUGCUCUGACAACACUGAUGCGGGGUGCUACUGCCCCGAUGCCCUCUUCGUCAAGAACGUCUACGACUGCUUGUACGCCCACGGUGGUUCCGAUCAGAUCAUCUCCGAGGCCGUCAUCUUCUUCCAGGGUCUCUGCGCUCCUUGGGCUGGUGGCAACCCCGCCGUAGUCACGGCUCCUACUGUCACCACCUACCUUACCAUCACCGCCACUCCCACUGUUGCUCCCAUCUACACCACCAUUACCAUCGACACCACCACUGUUGUUCCCUGCACUGAUGAUGCCGGUGUUGAGAUCCCCGGUAGCAGCACCACCGUUGUCAUUGCCACCACUGUCCCCGUUCCCGAGAUCGGCUUCACCACUGGCACUGCCGGCGUUGUUGAUGUUGUUCCCAUCACCGCUGCUCCCAUCGUCGACGGCGGUCUCCCCGGUGUUCCUGGCAACAACGGUGGCGGUGCCAUCAUCACUGCCAACGGCACCACCAUCUCGGUCCCCACCGGCACUGAAGGCCUCGUCCGCCCCACCCAGAGCGUCGUCCUCGCCGGUGGUGAGCGUGUUGCCGCCAGCUUCGGCCUUGCUGCCGUCGUCGCGGCUUUCGCCGCCUUUGCCCUCUAA